ACCCACUCUAACGUUAGGGGGGCUGCGGGCGAGAAUCGGGCAUCGCCAGUGCCAGUUAAGACGCUUAAGCAAAGACACGCACCUUAAAAAUUUAAAUUUCUGUGUUGCUCACUCACACCAAUAUCAUUCGCGCUUGCAAGCACGCACACUGCCUCAAUUAUCGUAACGCGCAAACUGUCAAACAUGUUUGUUUGCUUUUGCAAAAGGUUUUAAAAAUAGUUUGUUGUUUGCGCGUUUUUUUUUUCGUUUUUCGUGAAAAUGAAGGUUUUGUUUAUUUCCCUUUGCAGCUUCCUCCUCCGCCACCUCUUCCAAGCGGCGCACCGCUGGCAUCCCCGAAGACCCAAACGGCCACCGUGGCCCUGGCCAAACCAAGGAGGAAGAAUGGUUCGUCCUCCAGGGCACGGUCAUCAAGGAGGAUCCAGCGCGGAUGGCUGCCAAAGGAGGAUGAGAAGCAGAGGACCGAUUGCUGCACCGGCAACAGUGGCGCUCUAUCCGGAUCGCGCUUCCGCAAAUGGUUCUGCCGUGGUGAAAAUUCGUACAAACGGUCAAGCGAGUGAACUUUCUCCCUUCGGCAACAGUCGCUUCCCCCAGCAGCAGAACAAACGUCCAGUACGGCGUUCAAGUGCCUGGUCGACACAGUGGCCCAAAACCAUUCCAGCUACUAUCUGCUGACCCAGCUGCUCAACAAGAACCAGCAGAG